AUGAAGGCCUCCGUCAUCGUAUCCAUUUUCUCCGCCCUCAUCAUGGGUGCAAACGCCUGCGACUUUUUUGAUAAGUGUCACUGCACCAACAGCGACGGAACGCCUGCGGCCGAGGAUAUCCAGACGCAGGCCUGCCUCCAGUACGCAGCCGACACCAGAGGAAGUGACAAACCUGGCCCCGGCAACAUGACUCCCACGUUGGAGGACAACAUCAUGAAGUGCUUCGGCAACACGGUCGAGGCUGGCACCAUCUUCCACCUCGAUAGCUGCGAUUACGCCGGAUACUGCACCGGUAAGGGCGCUUCAGGCACGGCGGUGUGCGAGGGAAAAUUCAGCUAG